GCGCGGAGGCGGGCUGAGGUGGCGGAAAGUUUGCGGAGUGGCUGGCGGCGGUGGCGGCGCUGCGGUCCCCUCCCGCUUUCUUUACUUUUUUCUACACACCCGUCUCCCACCGCCUUCCCCCCUCAGCGGUCGCUCCGGGGCAUGAGCGGCGGCCGCCACCCGCGCUGAGAAGCAGGAGGUCGUGCCGCGCUCGGCUCUGUCAGUGGGGCGAACGCCAGGGACGGGAGCGCGGGCAGCGGACAGCGGCGAGCCCGCCAUGCUCCGCCGGCCCCGCUCGUCGCUCGCCGUCCUCCCGGCGCUGCUCCUGCUGCCGCUGCUGCUGGGCGGCCGUCCCGCCGCCGCCCGCUGCCCCGCGCCCUGCCGCUGCGCCGGGCACCUCGUCGCCUGCAGCCGCCUGGAGUUGAGCCGGCUGCCCGAGCGGCUGCCGCGGGGGGCGGUGCAGCUGGACUUAAGUCACAACAAAUUAUCUUCAAUCAAGACCAGUAUCUUGGAUCACCUUCACAGUCUUCAGGAAGUGAAGUUGAACAACAAUGAAUUGGAGAUCAUUCCAGAUCUGGGACCAGUCUCGGCAAAUAUAACUCUUCUCUCUUUGACCAGUAACAAGAUUGCCAACAUCUUGUCUGAACAUCUGAAGCCAUUUCAGAGUCUAGAAACUUUGGACUUGAGCAACAACAACAUAUCGGAGCUAAAAAUGUCAUCGUUUCCAUCAUUACAACUCAAGUAUCUGUAUAUUAACAGUAACCGAAUAACCUCUAUGGAGCCUGGUACCUUUGACAAUUUGUCUACCACACUUCAAGUAUUGAAACUGAACAGGAACAAAAUUUCAGCAAUUCCUCAAAAGAUGUUUAAACUGUCCCAUCUGCAGCACCUGGAGCUGAAUCGCAACAAAAUAAAAAAAAUAGAUGGGCUCACCUUCCAAGGACUUCCUGCUUUGAAAUCAUUAAAACUGCAGAGAAAUGGGGUUACGAGGCUUAUGGAUGGUGCUUUCUGGGGUUUGACCAACAUGGAAGUCUUGCAGCUGGACCAUAACAACUUAACAGAGGUAACCAAAGGCUGGCUUUAUGGCUUACUGAUGCUGCAGCAACUCCAUCUCAGCCAAAAUGCCAUCAGCAGGAUCAGUCCUGAUGCCUGGGAAUUUUGCCAAAAACUCAGUGAACUAGAUUUGACAUUCAAUCAAUUAACAAGGUUAGAUGAUUCAAGCUUCAUUGGUUUAAGCGUGCUGGUUGGACUGUACAUUGGAAACAACAAAGUAAAUUACAUUGCUGAUUGUGCCUUCAAGGGACUUUCCAGUCUACAGAUUUUGGAUUUGAAAAACAAUGAAAUAUCAUGGACUAUUGAAGAUAUGAAUGGUGCUUUCUCUGGCCUAGAUAAACUUAAGAACCUGAUACUCCAAGGAAACAGGAUUAGAUCCAUUACAAAGAAAUCAUUUUCUGGUUUGGAUGCACUUGAACACUUAGAUCUAAGUAACAAUGCAAUUAUGUCAGUUCAAGGAAAUGCAUUUUCACAAAUGAAGAAACUCAAAGAAUUGCACUUCAACACAUCAAGUCUCUUGUGUGACUGCCAGUUGAAAUGGCUACCACAGUGGAUGUCAGAGAACAACUUCCAGAGCUUUGUAAAUGCCAGUUGUGCUCAUCCUCAGCUGCUAAAAGGGAGAAGUAUUUUUGCUGUCAGUCUGGAUGGGUUUGUCUGUGAUGAUUUUCCUAAACCACAGAUCACUGUCCAGCCAGAAACCCAGUCAGCAAUUAAAGGCUCCAAUUUGAGUUUUGUGUGUUCAGCAGCCAGCAGCAGUGAUUCCCCAAUGACUUUUGCAUGGAAGAAGGACAACGAAUUACUGCAAGACGCUGAAAUGGAGAAUUACGCACACCUCCGGGCCCAGGGUGGAGAAGUGAUGGAGUAUACCACCAUCCUUCGGCUGCGCAAUGUGGAAUUCAGUAAUGAAGGGAAAUACCAGUGUGUUAUUUCAAAUCAUUUUGGUUCAUCCUACUCUGUCAAAGCCAAACUUACAGUGAACAUGCUGCCUUCAUUUACAAAAAUCCCCAUGGACUUAACCAUUCGAGCUGGAGCAAUGGCACGUUUGGAAUGUGCUGCAGUUGGGCAUCCUAUCCCACAGAUUGCUUGGCAGAAAGAUGGUGGAACAGAUUUUCCUGCAGCACGCAAGAGGCGUAUGCAUGUCAUGCCUGAAGAUGAUGUAUUCUUUAUUGUUGAUGUAAAGAUCGAGGACACAGGUGUUUACAGCUGUACAGCUCAAAACACUGCUGGAAGCAUCUCAGCUAACGCAACAUUAACAGUACUAGAAACACCAUCGUUUUUGCGGCCUUUGCUGGAUCGAACUGUAACAAAAGGUGAAACUGCAGUCUUGCAGUGCAUUGCUGGUGGUAGCCCUCCACCCCGACUGAACUGGACUAAGGAUGACAGCCCUCUGAUGGUAACAGAAAGACACUUCUUUGCUGCAGGCAAUCAGUUACUAAUUAUUGUGGAUACAGAUGUAGAAGAUGCCGGGAAAUACACUUGUGAAAUGUCCAAUACACUUGGAACGGAACGAGGCAACAUCCGCCUUAAUGUAAUUCCUACUCCCACCUGUGACUCUCCUCAAAACGUUGCCCCAUCACUUGAUGAUGAUGGAUGGGCCACAGUUGGCAUUGUGAUCAUAGCUGUGGUUUGCUGUGUGGUGGGCACUUCCUUGGUGUGGGUGGUCAUCAUCUACCACACCAGAAGGAGAAAUGAAGAUUGCAGCAUCACAAAUACAGAUGAAACAAAUUUGCCUGCUGACAUUCCAAGUUACCUGUCAUCCCAGGGGACACUGGCUGAAAGGCAGGAUGGAUAUGGCUCAUCUGAAAAUGGUAGUCACCAUCAGUUCCUCUCAUCUUCUGUAGGAGGGUAUUUUCUGCAGCAGAGGGACAGUAAUGGCAUUUGCCAUCUAGAUAACAGCAGUGAAACAGACUUGGAGGGUGUUGCAGAUCCAUUCCUCUGCCACUAUCUGGGGACUUCGGGGACUUUGUAUUUAAAAGGCAGCACUUACAGUUCUGACACAUUUGGAGCACACAGUACAAGUUGCAGCCCUGACCAGAGGACAGCAGGCUUGGGCCCUUAUGAGUCCGGAUAUUUAAAGAGAAAGGAAUGCUGUCAAUACUCACCUCCACAGGAAGAUUCCUUUGACCAGUGUGUUGGCACUAUUGGAACACAGGCUGCAGGUAGCAGAUUGAUGAACUCUAUUUAUACUCAAAAUGAAGGAACUGGACUGAAAAGCAGAAGUCUCACUUCAGAUACAUUUGAUUUAAACAGAAGUUUGGAACCCUCAUCUAUUACGAGUAAAAGCACUUUCAUGGGAACAUUUGGAAAGCCUUUAUGGAGGCCUCAGCUGGACUCUCUUUCAAGCUGUAGACAGCCAGCAAAUUGCCAACCAAAAACCUCCCAUAAUAAUCAUCAUGUCUCACUGGACUUUGAUGCAGAGGCAGAUGAAGAUGGAAAGGAAAGGACAGAUUCUAGAGGAGAAAAUAGCUUUUAUAUUUGCAAACAGUCCUUUGAAAACUUUAGGACUUCUACUUUCCAAUCCUACGAUUCGGAUACGUAGCUCCUUUUGGACGUAAUGAUUUCUGGAACCAAAGAAAUAAUUUGACA